AAGAAGUUUCAAACCCAAAACCCAAUGUCCCUCCCUCCAAUCUUUCCAUCCUUAAAUCCUACUUCUUCAAACUAAAAUCUUCAAUGGAGGAACCAAGCUCAGCCUCAGAAAAUCAAGUUAUGGUAGAUGAUGAUGAUGGUGGUGAGGUUAAAGGUGGAGAAAUUCCAAGAUUUGAAAUUAAAGUGACCUAUGAAGCUAAACUUAAUGAAAUAUUGCACAACAUUAAUUCUAUUGAAAUUAAGUUAUGCUCUGAUGGUGUAAAGGACUUCAUUAAGUUGCUAAAAGGUCAUCCUGAUAGGGUAUAUAAUGCCAAGGAUGGGGAGAGAAAAGCAAUUAGUAAGGAUCUCAACAAGUUUGCAAGAUUGCUUAUUGAAGAAUACAUGGUAGAUAUUCAAAAGGAACUAGAUAGUAAAGAAGUGAAGUGCCAAAAAGCCACACUUUUGCUAAUGGCUUCGAUUGUUUAGAGUCACUCAAGAUUGGCCUCUCAGGUCGCAAAGAAAUUUGAUUUCAAAUCUAAGGCAUUCUCUAAGCUUACAGAAUAUACAUAGAACCAAAAGGAGAAGAAGGUGAGCAUUAGUUGAGGAAGGCAUUUGCUGGCUGUGCACUGUUAUUUUUGAGGUGGGUGCUGCAGCAGAAGGAAAUGUGUUUUGGUGUCAUUCAUGGACUUGGGAAUGAUGAUGAUGAUGAUGAAACUUUUAUUUAUGUUUUGUCCAUAUUACAGGAUAGGGUUCUUGUAGAAGAGUCCUUGGUGCCCCGUAGGUCUUUGAACUUUUGGUUUCCUUGAUUCUCAGUCUCAUGAUCCUGUUUUGUUCAACAGUGAGGAUGUGCAGAGUAUGAUGGCAUACUUCCAUCCUCGUCCUUUCAACUGAUCUGUAAUUAAUAAGCUGUUGCUAUACUCUGAUUUUCAUGUAAAGCACAGUAAUCUUAGGCUUCUUUUGGAGGUAUUGAAGUUGCUGGACUCCUUCAUUGGUGCUUUGAA